AUGAUAGGUGGCAUUUCUGGUUCCUCAUCCGAAUUCACUUUACAGAACAAUUGCCCUUACACCGUCUGGCCAGGAAUUCUCUCCGGCAACAGCGAUGACACCCUCGGCGACGGUGGUUUUCAAUUAAAUCCAAGCGCUUCUGUACAGCUCACCGCUCCUUCGGAAUGGUCAGGCCGCAUUUGGGCUCGUACCGGCUGCAACUUCAACUCAUCCGGCCAAGGUAACUGCGUCACCGGAGAUUGUGGUGGCGUUCUUAAAUGCGCUGGCGCCAGUGGAGUUCCUCCAGUCACACUGGCCGAAUUCACCAUCGGAGAAAAGGAUUUCUACGACGUGAGUCUCGUCGACGGCUACAAUGUCAAGAUUGGGAUAAAACCACAAGGAGGUACCGGAGAUUGCAAAUACGCAGGCUGCGUCUCCGACCUAAACGUGAUUUGCCCUAACAAGCUUCGGGUCAUGGAUCCAAAGAAAAAUGUGGUGGCGUGCAAGAGCCCCUGCGACGUGUUUCAAAUGCCGGAAUAUUGCUGCACAGGAGCUUUCGAUACGCCGGAAACUUGCUCUCCGACGAGUUACUCGAAGACGUUCAAGGAAGCUUGUCCUAGCGCUUACAGCUACGCCUAUGACGACGCAACAAGCACCUUCACUUGUUCCCGAGCUAACUACUUGAUCACUUUCUGCCCCAACGGCGGCGUUGCUGUUUCCGCCACCGUCUUCACUUUACAGAACAGCUGUCCGUACAUCGUCUGGCCCGGAAUCCUCUCCGGCAACAGCAACACCCUCGGAGACGGCGGUUUUCCCUUAACUCCAGGCGCUUCCCAACAGCUAACCGCUCCUCCGGGAUGGUCAGGCCGGUUCUGGCCCCGUACCGCCUGCAACUUCGAUUCCUCCGGUAACGGUAACUGCGUCACCGGAGACUGCGGCGGCGUCCUAAAAUGCAUCGGCGGAGGAGUUCCUCCGACCACUCUCGCAGAGUUCACCGUCGGAACAGGCGUCUCCGGCAAAGACUUCUACGACGUGAGUCUCGUCGACGGUUACAACGUCGAGAUGGGGAUAAAGCCACAAGGAGGCUCCGGUGAUUGCAAGUACGCCGGGUGCGUCGCUGACGUCAACGCGGUUUGUCCUAACGAGCUUAGGAUCAUGGAUCCGAAAACCGGGACUGUCGCGGCGUGUAAGAGCGCUUGCGCGGCGUUUAAUUCGCCGGAGUUUUGCUGUACCGGUGCUCACGCGACGCCGCAGACUUGUUCUCCGACGCGUUACUCGGCCAUGUUUAAGAACGCUUGUCCUAGCGCUUACAGUUACGCUUAUGACGACGCGACAAGUACUUUCACGUGUUCCGGUGCUAACUACUUGAUCACUUUCUGUCCCACUCGGUCUUGA